AUGCAGGAUUCUUUAUUGAAUCAUUUGAGGAAUGCUCAGAACCGAUUCGUAUGGCUGCGAGGUUCUCCUGGUACCGGGAAAACGGCGAUAUGCAAAAGUAUCUCAUCCACUCUGGACCAGCGAGGUGCUCUGGCAGCGUCAUUCUUUUGGGAUAAGAACCGAAAAGGCACCGGCCUUGAUUCUAUCGAAAUGUUUCCCUCCUCUCUUGCAUACCAGCUUGCACACUUCAAUGCAGACUACGAAAUUCUCCUUGUCAAGCAGCUUCAGAACCCGGCUCUUAGGAUGGUCCAGAGUCUACCACUAAAAGAACAAAUGAGGGCUCUGAUCAUUGAACCUAUGAGUAACAUCAAGGACAUGUUUUCGUCAAGGAGGGAGCAUUUUGCCAUCGUCUUGGAUGGGUUGGAUGAGUGU